AUGGACCUAAAUCAACAAUUCACGACAGGAAUGCUGUCAUUCACUGAUCAGCCCGACUUUGAUUACGCCGCCUUCCUCCAAGCUGACGAUAUCACUUUUGGCGAGGGUGCCCAGACCCAACAGCAAGUACCAUCAGAUUCCUCAGACAAAGCUACCCCCCCAAGCACAACAUCAGGGUCCAGUAGUGAACUUAUUGCUCGACCUUCUGCUCAGAAACAAAGACUUGAGCGAAGAGGCCAUACUAAGAGUCGAAGAGGUUGUUACAACUGCAAGAGAAGGCGUAUCAAGUGCCAGGAGACUCGGCCUGCGUGUGGCCACUGCACCAAGACGGGCCUGAAGUGCGAGUAUCCAUCUAUGCCUCAGAUCACACAUCAGCCGCAUCACCAGAUUCCUCUGUUCAGUCUCCAGGAUAUGCGCUUCUUCCAGCACUUUCUGACGCAAUGCUACCCUCAUCAUCCCUUGAAGCAAGAGGACAUCUGGACCCAUGAGAUCCCAUGCAUUGCCCACAACCAUGAAUAUCUUAUGCACGCAAUCCUCGGUUUCUCGGCAUCUGAACUUAUGAGGAAUGACGCCAGUAUUGUUUCGUCAGCCAUGAAUCACCGAAUCAAGGCAAUAAGAGCAAUCAAGAAACGCCUGGCCGAGACUGCCAGAAGCUCAAUGGACUAUGAGGAGGCGAACGCCAUGGUAGCUACGUGUUACGCUCUUACAUUCCAGUCCGACGCCUUACUCGAACCACUGAUGCAGGGCCUCCCACUAAUUCCAAGGGGCUAUACGGACUCUGCAAUGGCGGCUCUUACAAACCUCAGGCCACUUUGUGAGCGGCCAGUCGAAGUUGAGUACCAUCAGCAUCUCGUCAAAAUGGCCGAAAAGCUCUACGUCAACUCGUGGGAUGCAUAUAAAGCAUACACGGCACAAUACGGCUGGUGGAUGUUACUUCCACACGACACCUUUCAAGCUCUCAUUGACCCCGAUAACCAGGUCAUGAUGCUGCUUCACUCACACUGGGUUGCCAUCAACGAGAUCAUGUCUCCUAUUAGUGGCCAAGAACGAAACGUAUCCGAAAAUUACCCUCCGCAGAGAGAUGACCAACCACAACUUGAUCCUGGCUUUGCUCGAUGGCUUAAACAUAUUAAUGCUAAUAUCGAUCUUGAGCACCAAAUUUAUAACCAGUGGCCGAUGUGGGUGGAGGAACAGUUGGAUAAUGAUAUUACUUUCUUUGGAAGGAUUUAA